UCUCGUUGUUCCAGCCGAAGUAGUUUUGAACGCCCUUGCUAGCCGUUUUAUUUUCAUUUAAAUUUACCCUUUUUCCUGAUACGUCAUCAAUAAACAAACGUAAACAAUGAGGGAACAGCUGUCAAACCGGUGCAAGCCGGACGAAAACAAUCGGAUCGUCGCCAAUGGAGGAAAACAGUUCGCUGGUGUAUGGGCUUGAGUUUCAGGCAAGAGCGCUUGCAUCGCAGCAGGCCGAAAGCAACGAUGUGCGGUUUUUCGUUGCUACGCAAAGCCUCAAACCGAACAACCAGCUGCACGUCGUCGAUCUCAACGAGGACAGUUCCGCCCUGCAGUCGCGCAUCUUUGCCCAUCCGUACGGCGAGGUAUGGCGGCUGACGGCAAGCCCCCACGAUCCGCGCCUGCUGGCCAGCUGCUACAGUCUGCUGAAGGGUGGUACGCAGGUCGUGAUGGAGACGGCACUGCUAACGCUACCGGAAUCUCUCGAACCGAAGGACAGCGAGCAAGAGUUUCUGGCGUUCGAGCACGCGGAAACGCUUGCGACGAGCGAGUACGGGGCGGAAGUUCGCACCACCGAAUUUCACCCGUCCGAUCCGAACCAGCUGGCCUGUGUGGUGGAUGGCAAGAUUGUGCUGCUGAACCGUGGGGAAGCGGCAACGCGCGUGGUAGCCGAGAUCAAUGCGAAAAAUGUGCCCAAGUUUACAACGGGCCGGUGGUCUCACUUUCAUCAGGGCAAUCAUUUUAUAGCCCUGCACGAUUGUAGCAUACGGUCGUACGAUGUGCGGGAUCCCAAUCAUGUGGUGUGGAGCAUCGAGGAAGCACACAGCCAGAUGGUGCGCGAUUUGGACUGCAAUCCGAACAAGCAGUGCCACAUUGUGUCCGGCGGGGACGAUGGCGUGAUGAAGGUGUGGGAUUUCCGCAACACCAAGGAACACGUGUUCGCCCGCAGCGACCACCAUCACUGGAUAUGGAGUGUGCGGUUCAACACGUACCACGAUCAACUGCUGCUGUCCAGCGGUAGCGACGGUAAGGUGCUGCUAACGUGUGCCGGCAGUGUCAGUUCCGAAGCGCCGGAAGUAAUCACCGCUGCCGAUGUAGUCGAGCAGGUGGGCGCUAGUGAGCCGAGGGAACAUUUAGCCGACGGUUUGCUGCAAACGUUCGACCAGCACGAGGAUUCGGUGUACGGUGUCGAGUGGAGCACGGCCGAUCCGUGGAUGUUUGCGUCGCUAAGCUACGACGGGCGUAUGAUAAUCUCCAAGGUGCCCAAGCAGUACAAGUACCAAAUACUGCUGUAAGCAGGCGCGGGUGAGUAGUGAUGAUGAGGGACCGUCUUUGCCACUGGUGUCAGAAAUAAAACCAUUCGUUAAGUUAAUUUACUAUGAGCGAGAAAGCUGGUAUAUUUUGUACCAUGCGCUACGUAGUCCUCACA